GCUGUUCUCCUAAUCGUGCGGAGCUAACCGAUCAUAGCGAGUUAGUCCGAAUCAGUACAUCGUUGGUGAAAGAGUGCACAGUGACAGUAGUGUGCGAUUGGAAAGGACGACGCAGACUGUCAUCAGCAACGUUUUCGUUUCACCGUAGAAAGAUUCAUUGAUAACAGAGCACAAGGUCAGCCACCAAUACCACCUUAAGCAACAUGGCCGAUGACAAGCAGAAACGGGUAUCCUAUUGGUACUUUGGUGGUUUGGCCAGUGCCGGAGCAGCCUGUUGUACCCAUCCGUUGGACUUGCUCAAGGUGCAACUGCAAACCCAACAGGAGGGUAAGAUCUCGCUGCUCCAGUUGACCGGCAAGGUCGUCCGAACUCAGGGCGUCCUGGCGCUCUACAAUGGGCUGUCCGCUUCCCUGCUGCGACAGCUCACCUACUCGACCACCCGGUUCGGUAUCUACGAGGUCGGCAAACAGGCCAUGGGCAGCGAUUCCGGAUUCCUGGGUAAGGCUUUGUUGGCCGGUGCAGCUGGUGCUGCCGGAGGUUUCGUGGGAACCCCUGCCGAUAUGGUCAACGUGCGCAUGCAGAACGAUAUCAAACUGCCACUGGAGCAGAGAAGAAAUUACAAAAACGCCGUUGAUGGCCUCUUCCGCGUCUACCGGGAAGAGGGCUUCAGACGUCUGUUCUCUGGUGCCUCAACCGCUACCUCACGUGCUGUGUUCAUGACAAUAGGGCAGCUAUCCUUCUACGAUCUGGUCAAGGAUCUCCUGCUACAGUCCGGCUACUUCGGUGACAAUCUAACGACGCACUUCCUGUCCUCGCUGACGGCCGGAGCCAUCGCAACCACUAUGACCCAACCGCUGGACGUGCUGAAGACCCGAGCAAUGAACGCCAAACCGGGCGAGUUUGCAAGCCAAUGGGAGCUGAUCCGUUACACCGCCCGACUCGGACCUCUGGGCUUCUUCAAGGGUUACGUACCGGCCUUCGUACGGCUGGGACCGCACACCAUCCUGACGUUUGUGUUCUUGGAACAGCUGCGCAUGAACUUUGGUUAUCUGAAGCCGGAGAAGAAGUGAACCUGUUCGGAGUUAUAACUUGUUGAUAUUAGCUGUUUAGGAUCAACAACUGGAAAUACUGUUGCAAUAGUUGCUCGAUCCGGCAAUUGUUGCUUGGAGUUUUUGGUUACGGGUUCAGAUUUAGGUGGGACGUUCUAAAGUGUAUUUUGUUUUGUUUUGCGCAAAGUCCGGAUGGUAGAAGGCAUCCAGGUCUUCUACAAGCAUUUCUCUGUUAGCUUUUAUCUCACUGUUUAAAGCUUGUUAUUUUAUUUAUAAUCAAACUGCUCUUUCCAAUCAACGACAAUGCUUUCACAAUCUACGAACAAACACACAUUCCAAGUGACAUUUAACUAAUUAGUAGUGCGUUUAUUUUAUGUAUCUGUUGAAAACAGAAAGGAACCUAGGUAUCAGUAGUGCUGUUCAAUCGUUUAACGUUUUGAAAGAAAAUAUUUUAUUAUACUAGACAUCUGCCCAAUUGUGAGAUCCCAAUCAUUUGAGAAGUAAACUUAUCAGGAAACCGUUCCGAGUUGGUAAAAAGUAGGCAAUAAAUAAAAAUGUAAUUUAUGGUAAAACAA